GAAAAUCGUCUGGUUUUGGCGGGAAACAACAGAGUUCAGAACGCAAAAUCGCAAAAUGGCAAACAAGCUCAUCAACCAGAUGAGUUUACCUAAAUCCAUCGCUAAUAUCUUCACUGCUCGCAACAUCAUCACCGCCAAGGAUGCAUUAUCUCUCACUGAAUUUGAAUUGAUGGAGUUGUUGGAUGUUGGGAUGGCAGAAGUUGCAUCUGCAAUGGCGCACAUUAGCGAAGUGGUGUGUCCACCUUGUCAAACUGCGUUACUUCUGAUGGAACAACGAGUACGAAAUGAAAACAUGGCUGGUCAUCUUCCCACUCGUUUGAAAGGAUUGGAUGAAGCUUUAUGCGGCGGUAUACCAUUUGGUGUUUUGACAGAAUUGGUUGGUCCACCAGGAAUUGGUAAAACACAGUUUUGCUUGAAGCUCUCAUUGUUGGCUUCGUUGCCGGCAAAUUUUGGAGGCUUGGAUGGCCGGGUGAUAUAUAUUGACGUUGAAUCUAAAUUUAGUUCAAAAAGAUUGAUAGAGAUUGGAACAAAGAGUUUUCCUGAAAUAUUUCACAAGAAGGGAAUGGCACAGGAGAUGGCCGGCAGAAUCCUGAUCUUACGUCCUACAUCACUUUCUGAAUUUGCUGAGAGUUUGCACCGGAUCAAAGUAUCACUCCUCCAGCAACAAGUGAAGUUGCUCAUCAUUGAUAGCAUGGCUGCUCUUGUUUUAGGUGAACAUGAUUGUGGGGCUUCUAGGCAACAAGCAAUGGGUUGGCACGUCUCCUUUAUCAAGUCCCUCGCGGAAUUCUCACGAAUUCCAAUUGUAUUGACAAAUCAAGUGAGGUCUCAAAUGGGUGAUGAAUCUCUCAUGUAUUCCUUUCAAGCUCAAAGCCGCCCUACAAAAGAAGACGUUCCUGAUACAUUUGACUCUCAUCUUGUUGCUGCUUUGGGAAUUAAUUGGGCUCAUGCCGUGACCAUCCGUCUUGUACUUGAAUCCAAAUCAGGUCAAAGGUUUAUUAAGCUGGCGAAGUCUCCAAUUUCACCACCUUUGGCUUUCCCUUUUAACAUUACUUCAUCAGGGAUUGUUUUGCUUGAUGAUAAUGGGAUAGAGAUGAAAGGGCCAGAAAUAAACAAUAUACACUGCCAAGGCCCAAAUGCUUUGUUAAAUUUUUAAAGGGUAAAGCAGCACUGAGCACACCAGUUAUCAGUUCAUAGUAUGCUUUUUCCAAUCAUAUGGGAUAUGCAACAUACUAGUUCACUUCAACAAUCUGUUUUCUUUCAGAUAUUCCCAGGUAUCUUGCUCUGCAUUUGUCACCACUAACAACUAUGUUUCUCAUAUAUGUAAGGUAUGUGAUACAUCUGUCUCACUUUUGGGUUUUGCUGCCAAUCUCCAUCUUUAUGUCAUCUGUUGCCAUGUUGGAUUGGUGGAUUGUCUGGAGGCUUUGUUGUAAAUUAUGAAGAUCAUGCAACAUACUGCAAUGUUGAUUUUUUUCUGCUAGGGAUGUAUUGAACAGUAUGUAGUUUGGAAAUGUUGAUGAUAAGCUAGCAUUUGCCUUUAACAACAUGAAAAGGCCCCGGUUUUGAUUUCAAUGGUUACAAGAUAUGACACAAACGUUAUUCUAAACAAGUAUAACAUGUCUGAGUUAUGUGUGGGGAAGAGUCAUUUUAACAGCAUAUUAUAUUCUUGAUAAUAUAAAUCUUAACAACAUGAAAUGGCCUAGAUGUCUUGACUCAAGAUUGUCAGUAACUACAACUUCAUGUAGAAGUGGUGUAAAGGUUUUUCUGUGUUGCAUGAAUUUCUGGAAAGUAUUAAAUUACUAAAAUAAUUGAAAUGCUAUUAUCUCAACAUUGUUAUCAUAUUUGGAUCUGGGUUUGUUUGAUGAUUUUGAAGAAAUGGUUUAAGUUUAAUGACUUCAAGUAUCAAUUUUGAUUCUUCUAAAUUUUGGAUUUGUUUGCAAAAACUUUCUAAUAUCAGUCAAUUUUCAGACAAAUUGAAAUUUAUACGCAUCUAUUAUUCCCCAUCACAUAAAAAAUUUGUCGUUAGGUCAAAAUGCCCUGAAUCAAUGAUUGAUUUCUCUUUGCUUACAUCAUUUGAAGACAUCUAGGAGCUUCAUUUCAUGCUUAUAUCAUUUGAAGACAUCUAGGAGCUCAUUUCAUGUUCUUGGUAGUGCGCCAAGAGUACAAGAUGGUUAAUUUAUCAAGUUAACAAUGACAAAGGAAACUUGUAGCACUAAUAGCUAAGAAGCACGAACACCAAAAACUCACCCAUAAUGUGGAUACUAGUGAUAAUUAAAAAAAAUUAAUUAAAUAAUUAUAAGUAUCAAUGUCACUUUAGGAUACAGAUACUCCUUUUUCAGAUGUUACAUAGAUUAAUAAGACGUUACAUAGAUUAAUAGUGGGCUUAGCAAUAUAUGUUGAUUGUUACCUUUUUAUUUUUUGUUUGUCCAUUUGGUUUACAGAAGUGCAACUUUUAUAUGAAGCUUUCUUAGCUUAACAAAUGUUUAAAGAAGGUAUUUGUGCUACUAUAAAAUGAGUAGUUACUGAAGGGAAAGGUUGAUAUUGCUACUAUUUUGAUUUGUUAUAGCUGUGUAUAUAAUAUUAUAUCCACCACUGAUUUGUUUAUUAAUUGUUGAUAUUAUCUACAUUAUUUUUUACAGUGAAUUGUUGUAAAAACUUACACAGAGAGAGAGAGAAAAAACUACUAAUCAUUUGAAACAAUGGAUAGAGAAUAGACAAUUGAUAUCCCUAGGAAAGCAGAAUGGAAAGAAAAAAGUGCGUCGAAUAGAAAUAUAGCAUGAUAAGGGAGGUGUUGCUAGAAUUUCUUAUAAUAUAUAUAAACCCAACUCAAAUUCAUUUUUCUUGAACCCAAUUCAUGUGCAGUCUUAGAGGAGGUCCAGCAUAUGUUGACUCUUACAAAGAAGAUGAUCAGCGAGUUAUCUAUCAAUAAAUUAAUUUUUUUUUGAAGUUUUAUAUUGUGCAUUAUCUUUUUAAAGUUAAAAAAGAUAAGUACUAAAAAGAUUAGUUUGAUUUAUAGUUUUAAUAUAAUGAUU